AUGGCUCGAAUCAAACGAACAGCCAUCGCGCUUUUUCUUCCAAAAGGAGAAAAGAAAGCGGUUAAGAAAACAUGUCAUGCUCUACGCACGAACGAUGUGCGAAGAGUGACUGGGCAGGAUGAUAUCUCAAAGGAACAGGUUCGAUUCUAUAAGGAACUUUAUUCGAAAGUGCCGACAGACAAAGUUGCCCAAGAUCAAUUGUUAAACUUACUUGACAGGAAACUAACAGGUGAGCAACGCGAUUCAUGCGGGGGACAGGUAACGGAGGGUGAAUGUUUGGUUGCUGUAAAGUCCAUAUCAUAUGGCAAAACACCGGGCUCAGACGGUCGACCGAAAUAAUUUUACCUGACCUUUUGGGACCUGCUAAAAGAAGACUUUGUUGAAAUGGCAAAUUAUUGCUUUUUAGUUGGACUGAUACCUGAGUCCAUGCGCAAAGCAUUAAUAUCACUGUUGUUUAAGAAAGAAGAUCCUUAUAAAAAUUGAAAAAUUGGCGCCCAAUCUCGCUCUUCAAUACGGAUUACAAGAUUAUUACAAAAGUUCUGGUAAAUCGUGUUAAACAUGUUAUGCCCACGAUAAUUCACCCGGAUCAAUGCUGUUCUGUCCCUGGGCGUUCGAGUGAAGAUAAUGCGACUCUCCUACGUGACUAUCUGGAAGUUAAUGAACGAAUGGCCUGCGCCUUUAUAUCGAUCGAUCAAGAAAAAGCGUUUGAAUAGUUGACUGGGACUUUUUAGACAAAAUUUUAGGAAUUAUGAACUUUGGUCUGCAAUUUCGAUCCUACAUUAAAAGUAUUUAUCAUGACAUUCGUAGUACUAUAAUAUCCAAUCGUUAUGUUUCAGAGUUUUUUCACGUGGAACGAGGUGAGCGACAAGGGUGCCCGCUAUCUCCAUUGUAAGUUGUUUGUCAUGGUUGCAGAAGUGUUUGGACAAGAGAUUCGAAAAUGCCCAGAAAUACAGGGCUGA